UCCCUCCCCUGCUCAUUAAUGCAUUACUAUAAAACGGAACCUCCAUCAGCUGCUUCAUUUUAUUUACUUUCCAAACCCAUGAACAAUGAAGUUCUCCAUUGUACUGCUGUUCUCCUGUAUACUCGUCCCUGAAGUGCUGAUGUUAACGUGUCAGCAGUGCAUUUCAGUUAACAAUUCAUCAUGUCCAAGUACGCCGGUAAACUGUUCAAAUGUGUGUUCCAGUGCCACUGUUUUCUCCUACUCAAGUACUUCGAAUGCGACAACUGUUCUUACUCUACAGAACUGCACAACACCAGACAUGUGUGUAAAUGGAAGCCUGAAUUUGGGAUCAUCAAACACAGUAUUAAAUACCCAAUGCUGCAGCACUGAUUUCUGCAACAACCAAACACUACCAGUUCCUUCACAGCAGUUACCCAACGACCUUUCCUGCUACACCUGCAUCAAUAAUAACUGCUCAGCAACUAUGCAGUGUGUGGGGGAUCAGAAUUAUUGCAUCUCUAUAAACAUAGCUUCAGGGAACAAUGUCUCGACUCAGGCAGGAUGCACAACCAAGAGCUUCUGUGAUGCCGCUGCAUUAUUCAAUCAGCUAUUUGCUAAUUCGACUUUAAAUUGCUGUCAGGGGAACCUGUGUAACGAUGCUAAGAUGCUAACAUUGAGCUUCCUCCCCAUGAUCAUCCCUCUGCUCUGCUCCAUCAUCUUCUACUUCUCCAUUGUACUGCUGUUCUCCUGUAUACUCGUCCCUGAAGUGCUGAUGCUAACAUGUCAGCAGUGCAUUUCGACAAUCAAUUCACCAUGUCCAAGUACGCCGUUAAACUGUUCAAAUGUGUGUUCCAGUACCACUUUUUCCCCCUUCUCAAGUGUUGUUACUGUACAGAACUGCACAACACUAGGCUUUUGUUUAAAUGGAAGCCUGAAUUUGGGAUCAUCAAACUUACUUUUAAAUACCCAAUGCUGCAGCACUGAUUUCUGCAACAACCAAACACUACCAGUUUCUCCACAGCAGUUACCCAACGGCAUGUCCUGCUACACCUGCAACAAUAAUAACUGCUCAGCAACUAUGCAGUGUGUGGGGGAUCAGAAUUAUUGCGCCUCUGUGAACACAAGCACAACAUUAUGGAACAAUGUCUCGACUCUGGCAGGAUGCACAACCAAGAGCGUCUGUGAUGUCGCUGCAUUAUUAAGCAUACAGAUAAAUGCUAAUGCGACUGUAAAAUGCUGUCAGGGGAACCUGUGUAACGAUGCUAAGAGCUUAACACUGAGCUUCCUCCCCAUAAUCAUCCCUCUGCUCUGCUCCAUCAUCUUCUACUGAGCUUUAGAAAAAAAAAAUAUUUUUGAGGUGUUGAUUAAAUAAGUUCCGCCUUUCACAAUGAUUUCUAUUAAAUUCAUCUUAAUAAAAUGGUUGUUAUGCCAUUUUACAUUCUGAGAAAUUAUGAUAAUCGGGAUAAAUCAUAUAAAGCUGGACAGCAUUUGUGUUCAUAUAAAGAGGGUGAACUGAAAAACUCUAUAUUAAUUGGUUUACAAGAAAAUUUACCAAUUAACAAUUAACAUCCAGUGAACAGGGUUGUCAAGUUUUAUCUUCCCUUCAUCCAAUCUGAUGUGUAUUUAGGUUUCAUGUCUCUAGAAUGUUUGUUUAUCCAAUCAAUGGUGCAAGAAAAAUAAAACAUAUUUGGACGUGUCUUGUAUUUUCAUUAAGAUAAAAUAAAUUCAUUUAACUGAA